GUUUGACUCCAAUUAUCUAUAUGUGGUGACAAUCUAUACUGCACCGUAAAAUGAUCUUUCCGACUUCUUGAAAUUUGUUUAUUUCGUUGGCAUUUGAAUUUUGUUUGUCCCUGAUUGACCAAUCAAGUACGCAUUUUUUGAUAUGGAUGAAGUUUAGCGCGUAAUCAUAUUAAUCACCGGUAUGGUAAAGAAUACAAUUGCAAAUUUAAUAAUCUGUAUUUUUUCAUUUUAUAAAGAAAGUCUCGAUGAAACUUUUAGAAGAAUAUCAAGAACUUGUUGAACGUGAUUCGGUUGAAAUUUCUUGUUUAUGGAAAUAUUUACAAAUGUUUUUGUAUUUACUGUGCGCGAUUAGCGGAUAUGCGUCUAGCGUUUUAUUCUACACAUUAUGGGAACAAAUUUUCGGAGGUAACUGCCCAUUGUGGGCAAAAGCUAUUCUGUUGAAAGAAGAUAUAAAAUUAGAUGAUAUUCAUGGAGUAUGUAAAAUUAAUUCAGACUGGUGGAAGUAUAUUUAUAUUGAUUAUCGGUAUGAAAAUAUAUGUGUUGUGUAUUUAAUAACAAGCUUCUCAUCUUGCAUAUUUGGAAUCGUAUGGUUUAUUCUAUUCCUUAUGUGUGGAAAAGGAGGAUAUGAUGUAACAAUAUAUCCAGGUCCAUGGAGAAUUGUAUUUCCUGCAAUAUACUUUAAUCUUGUAUUUACAAUUAUAUCCAUAUAUACACAUUAUAAUUUACAACAAGGAUAUAAAACAUUAAGCAAAAAUAUAAAAAAUAUCUCUUCUGAAAUAUAUGAUAUGUGCCAAAUAAUUGUGGAUGUAAGUGAUUGUGAAAUCAUAAGGAUAUACAUGAAUAUAUAUAACUUUUACACACAUAAUCUUGAUUAUAUGUGUAAUAUAAUCUUAUAUCUUCAGGUAAUAUUCCAUGCAAACAUAUCUUAUCCUUUUUUACACUUUUUUCACCUAUGUUUUAUAGUACAAGAAAUAUUGAAAUAUGUAAUAAAUAUCCUUAAGGUCCCUUCAGUUGUAAUGAUGUGCAGUUGGAUAGGAGGGCUGGUAAUAUUAAUUUUCAGAAUAAUUAUGAUCAAUGACUUUAGAAUUUUAAGGAUUAAAAUCUAUGAAUUAAAGGAAGAAUAACUCUCAAUGUUUAUUAUACAUAUAAAAAAAACGUUUAUUCUCUGUGCAAACUUUACAUUUUUCUGUAAAUUUAUACUAUGUAAAGCAGUAAAACAGUAAAAAAUAUGUAAUUAAUGGUUAUACAA